UUGAAAAGGAGCAGAAGAAGCCGCCUCUACUUCCGCAUUCUCCUGUCAACACUUCCACAGCAGAAAGGAUGUAGAAGCUCGAUGAAACUGGACGAUGACAUAUAUUUUUAUUCAGUUCCUGCUUUGAAAUCACGGGGACCACACCGUGCAAGUUAGAGAUGUUUUUUCUCUCGCUGCUCGUCUCCUGCUUGCCACAAGGGGGCGACGCAUCUCCAAUAAGUUGCUACAACGACCAAGGAAAUGCGACGGACUGGUUCUACAUGUACAAAUUGCCGACUGAACACGGCAGUAAAUCCCCCGACCGAGGUCUGACAUAUUUAUUGAUGGACAAGGGCAGUGAAGGCUGGAGCGACGGGAAGGGGACGGUGAACGAGACUACAGGGGCGCUGGGCAGGACGGUGGGACAGCUGUACUCGCAGGGAACGAAGGCAGAAAUAGCAUACAUCCUUUAUAACGACGAGAAGCCACCAGAGGGCGCCAGAGACGACGGAGGCAGAAGAGGGCACACGAAAGGCGUGGUGCUACUGGAUAAGAACCAAGGCUUCUGGUUGGUCCACAGCACCCCCCUCUUCCCUCCCGUGCGUGCGGCGGGACGGUACUGGUACCCGGACAGCGGCACCAAGAACGGGCAAAACUUCCUUUGCGUGACCUUCCCGCUGGAGCGCUUCCAGACUGUUGGAGAGCAGCUCCAGAUCAAUCAGCCAAUCGUGUACGACUGCGCAGUCCCACAAUCCUUUGCUUCUUCCGUGCCAGCUCUGGCUGCCAUGUGCAAUGAAAAACACAUCAAAGCCGCGUCCAAUCGCAGCGUGACGCUGACCUCCAAGGGCGGCACCGACUUCAUCAGCUUUGCCAAAGGAGCCGCUUUCAACGACGACUUGUACCACUCCUGGGUGGCCCCCACCCUUCAUUCCGACCUCCUGGUCCAGUUCUGGGUGAACAGCCCGGGCAUCCUCCCCUCCAACUGCAAGCAAGGCUGGAAAGUUCUGGACAUCUUGCGCGUUUCGCCAGACGGGACGUUCAGCUUCAAGACCAGCAAGGACCACUCCAAGUGGGCCGUCAGCCCCGGGGCGGCGUCGGCGUCCGGGGGCGGGUGGGUGUGCGUGGGCGACAUCAACCGCAACGAGGCGGAGGAGAAGCGAGGCGGCGGCACGGUGUGCCAGCAGGACGCCGCCGUGUGGAAGGCGUACCGGAAGGCGGCGCUGGAGUGCCAGGCGUGUGGGGGCGGAGCCGUCCCGUGUUGAUGUUGACUCGCAGGACGGAAGAGUCCGACUUCAAAUACUGAAUAUCACUUGCAUUUUUACAUUUUUUUAACAUUAAAAAGCACUUUUUGGCUGAAAGAAAAAACAUUUUUUUCCAUAUUUUAUUUUAUU